CUCUCAUCUGAAAUUCAUUACUGAAACUGAAACGCACACAGAAAGAAAAAUCCAAAAUUUUCUGAGAGCAAACCAGAGCUAUGGAUUCAGAAGAUCCCAACUUGGAGCUCGUCAAUGUUGCCAUCCAGAAGCUCAAGGAGGAGAGACGAAUCAAAGAAAUCGCUCGAGACGACGACGAUGAGCUCUUGCUCUCCCGAUUGCUCUCUCAGUUGGAAUCACUAAAAGGAGAAAGCAAUCUAGAGCAACAAGAGGCUUUAAAGGAAUUAGGAGAAGGUGAUAAUGAUAUAGAUGAAGAGAUAAAGAGUGAGACUUCAAAUGAAUCGGAUAGUAAUGGCUCCUCUGAUAUUAUGGAUAAAGAGGAGAUUGUAAAAGAACUUAAGAAGGUCAAGAAACAGAACCGUGUCACUCACUGGCUUCUUUCAACCAUGAUUGUUCUCACAAUUGCUUGGCAAAUAUCUGAGUUGUCUAUCCUUUUGAAAAUUAAAGAGGGAUUUAACCACCCUUUUAAGUCCUUGGGUGGUAUGUUGACAUGGGUGUUGAAAGGCCCAGGUGGUACAAUUGGGAAUAAUAAUGGCAAAGAUGAAGAAAACCACAACAACCAGACUGAAUUUGAAGCUCCCUCACUCCCUCCUCUCAAAAUUCCUGAGCUUCCCCAUGUGGAACUACCGGAUUUAACUACUACUUCUAACCAUGAAGAACAUUGAAUCCUUAUUAUUUGUUUCACUUCUUUAUCUAUAUAUAUAUAUAUAUGCAGUUGUCUUGUUGUGAACCCCUUUUUAUUGUUCCAUCUAUUGAAAAAAAAUCGAGACCCAUUAUUCUAGUUUUUUUUUUCCUUUUUGGCUCCUAUUAUCAUUUCUGGCUCUACAUACUAGAGGGGUUGUAGUCAGGUAGAUAAUGUUUUGUUACAUGAAUGAGCUCAAACCAGAGCACUAUUAUCAA